GAGGUAAGUACAGGCAGUUGCGCGCGCGCCUCGAGCUAAUGCGCGCGUAUACACCCGUAGCUCGAUAACUAUAAUAUGAUUAAACACUUCAGUGCACAACGUAUUGGACUUUUUGUCAAUAUCGAACAAAAUGGAGUGCUACACAUCCGACAGCUGUGAUAGCGACAGUAGGGAACAAAAGACUCUGGACCUGUCCAACCAGUUGCUAGACACGAACAGUCUGGCGCUGGAACUAAAAGGGAUCGUCGAUGAGAAGGACUGCGCGGAAAGUUACGAGAUCGUUCUCUUAUACAGCAACAGAAUAAGUGCAUUGCCCGACACUAUAAACAGGUUUUGCAACUUGAAGAUAUUGGACGUCAGCCACAACAGGCUCAAGACACUCCCUGACCUGCUGAAAUACUGCCCGCUGACAUCCCUCAUAGCCAAACAUAACUUGCUCACCAACGAGUCGCUGCCAAAAUGCUUCUCCGCGAAAAACACUUUAAAGGAACUCAAUCUUAGUGGAAACCAGCUCUGUUCUUUCCCAGAACAAGUAAUGGAGUUAACAUCACUGCGUUAUCUCUAUAUGGGCGGAAACAAUAUAGUCAAUAUACCAAAGGAUAUAUGGAAACUCAACAGUUUACAGAUUCUCUCAUUAGGAGGAAACCAAAUCAACGAAGUCCCCGAUGCAGUGGGAAGACUGACGGGUCUGCAGGCCCUGGUGUUAAGUGACAACUUUAUAGAACAGCUCCCGAAUAGCAUAGCAAACCUGAACCAGUUGCGGUCGCUGCUCAUCCACAGAAACAAACUUAAGACACUGCCUACUCAAAUCAUCAAGUUAAAAUGCCUAACAGAGCUAAGUCUCCGAGACAACCCUCUCGUGGUGAGGUUCGUUCGGGACAUGACAUUGCAGCCCCCCUCGCUACUAGAACUCGCUGGCCGGACCAUCAAACUACAUGAGAUCCAAACUUUGCCAGGGGAGGUGCCAAGGGACCUGAUUAACUAUUUAGGCGCAGCGCAGUGCUGCGUUAAUCCAAAGUGCAAAGGCGUUUUCUUCGACAACCGCGUAGAGCACAUCAAAUUCGUCGACUUCUGCGGCAAAUACCGGAUCCCACUUCUGCAGUACUUGUGCAGCUCCAAAUGCAUCACCGGAAGCUGGGAGAGCAGGGAAACAGAUAGCAACCCACAUCCUCAUAUGAUGCGGAAGGUUCUCCUGGGAUAAAGCUCAAAAUGAUCAUGAACUACGACAAUACUGUUUAAAAAGCUUUAGGCCUCAUUCUCACGAGCCCUUUUUCAACGCGCGUUAAAAAAGUGGCGGUAGCGCUUUUUAUCAAGCGUUGUUGGAUUUUCAACUUUAAGCCUUGGUCUUUGAAUCGAAUUUAGCGUGCGAGCAGAUUCAAGCGUUUUUUUAACGCGCGUUGAAAAACGCUCGUGAUUAUGAGGCCUUAGAAUAGACCAGGGGUCUCCAACCUAUGUGACUAUGAGAACGUUGCGAGACUUUGAAUCUCUGGCUUGCAUUCUGCGGGCCAGAAUGAAAGAGCUUGCGAGUAAAAUAAUCUGUGAUGCCUAUUAGAAAACAAAAAGCAUAUCAUAAUAUAUUUUAUUUAAAUGAGA